GCGUGUAAUGCGGCGAAACUAAGAAGCGUAACGAUAGAAAGUACAAGCAAAAUUUGCAAAGCGGACAACGAUUAAUUGUCAACAUGGCGGAUAGUGAUUUUCUCAUUACAAUUUCAGGUCCCGCUCUGUCAUUAUUGUUUUAUGAAAAUGUUCGCAGCACCGGGGACCAGAUGGGCUUUUUGUUAGGAGAAACAGUUGAGUUUGUUAUAAAAUCGUACUCAGAUUUGGACAAUCAAGUAGAAACAGUGAAAAUAUACAACAAUAUUGAAGCUGUUGUAACUUGUCCACUACCAAAUUCUUUACACAAUUCCAUUGGCAAAAUUAAUAAGGAAAAGUUAAAGGAUUUUUUACGUGAUACAAGCAAACAAGUGAUAGGUUGGUUUCGUUUCAGGAGAAAUGUAGGACUAAUACCUACGUUCAGGGAUAAAUUGUUACAUAAGCAGUUUGCGUCACACUUUUGCAAUGAGAAUGGUUCCAAAGAAGAAUAUUUUGUUACCUGUUUAUUAAGUUCCUCGAGAAGCAGUGAAAAAGGAACUUAUAAGUUUAAACAUGUCUUUUUAAGACAAAACAGAGAAAUAUUUGAACCAGUUCCUUUAAGAAUAAGUAACUUAGGAAGUAAUUCAUUUGCGCAGGAAGGUUUAGAUUAUAAACCUACUCCUACCAAAAAAUCGUCUGAUGCACCAGAUGUAUUUACUAGUUUUAUAGAAUCUUUGAACUUGGACCUAACAAAGACAUCUGCAGUUGAGUCUGCUAUUGCUAUACAAAAAGCAGCUGAGGAGCAUCUGAGUCAAUUAAUACCAGACUUGUGUAAAUCUGAUCUUGAAGUAGUAGAGCUCGAAAGACAAAUUAAAGAAUUUAUGAUUAACAAAAAGAAAAAGGUCAAUGAUAAUUCAAAAAAAAACAUUCAAAUAACUCAGUCCUAUGAAAUUGAAAAAGACGAAUUUGCUGAUGGAAGGCAGAAAUCAGAAAAAAUAUCUCUAUCCAAAAAUGAAUCUUCAGAUGAUACCUAUCAAGAAUUUCGGACAAAUAAGGACCAUUCUACUGCAAUUAGUCAAACAAUGGCUGCUCAUAAACCGAAAAAUUCAGCAACAUACAUUGAUCAAAAUAAAUCCAGAAAGUCAAGUACAAAUAUAGUAAAUAGUUCGAGUCAGGAACCACCGUCUAUAAAUUCAAUUUCAGAAAUGAAAGUCAAUAUUACAGAAAAUGUGUUGAGUAAGAACAGACGCUUCUCUAAUAUGGAUUCGGAAAUUGUGAAAGAAUCGAUUUGUAAAGGUGAAACGAACGUAUGUGGUGUUGGAAGAGGCAGAGGUAAAUCGAUGCACGACAAUUCACUGAAAAAAGCUAGAAGGACUUCAGGCCCAGAAUCAUCUGAGGCAAAUAGUUUACCAAAUUCUUCCUUUCAAACGUCUUAUAAUCAAGUCACGAAGAAAAAAGUAGACCUAGUACGUAAAUCGGAUACAACGGAUAACCAUUGAAUAAAAGCACUUCCCCUAUUUUUAGUUUACUUUGAAAGCUCUAUAAUGAUAUACUUAAAGUUGUAGAACAUUUUCUACAAAAACGGAAGACAAAUUAAUCAAGAUUUUAGAGCACUGACGCUACACGCGUGUAUAAUGUAAAUAUUUAUAUAUUUUAAAAUGGACCAUACCUGUACCAUGUGCAAGACUGGUCUGUUUCUAGGAAAUUUCAAUCUUACAGAGGUAUAAAGAAAAGACGGUAUUGCGUCAUGUUCAUAGUAUUGAAUCUGUGCAUUAUAAAGCGGAGAGGCAUCAUAGACUGAAAUACCGAAUAGUUUUUAAUAUGCGUUUUUUCUGGAUUCUAUAUUUAAAAAAUAUUAUUCGCAUUACCGCUUUUUUAUACUAUUUUAAAAAUAUAUCCAAUAUCCUCUCAAACAUUUACACUGCUGUAUGCUCUUAAAUUAAUUAUGAAAUUCGGAAAAAAGUGUACAAUAUGUUUUUUCUUUCUUUCUUUUUUUUUUCGAAAUACGUUUCUUUAAAUCGUGCCAUUACACUAAGUAUUUCACGUACAAAAUAAAUACAAAUGUUUUGCAUCAUUAUCUUUUAUAAAUAACAAAUUAAUACAUAUAUUAAGCACUUGUAAAUAAUUAAAAAUUUCAUAAAUA